UUCUGCGCUUCGUAGGUCCAGGAGAUGACCCGCGUUCCUGUCGGUUCUCGCAGAUGAUGGAACAGAGGCUGGAGAACGUGUUCUCUGAGGCCCAGGCCAAAGUGCUGGACGUCCACACCAGACUCUCUGUCCAGAUGCUGAGUGUGUCUCAGUCAGUGGGUUCUCCUGCUGUGUCUCUGGUCUACAUGGUGAGGAACGGGACUUCCCCUCUCAACGGCACCGCCGCCUCUAACCUCCUGGGUCAGCUGACCGCCGAGAUGGUCGGCUACUUCCUGUUCUACCCACCGCUGGUCAUUGCUGAACCGUUGGAAUACCACAACCUCAAUACCUCCAUCGCUACCAGAGACUUCUGGGUAAUCACAGUCAUCCUGGAUGUGGAUAACUCAUCUCUGGAGAGCCAGUACCAGAGCUUUGCCAGUCUCAUGGAGCAGCGCCUGGCUGAGCUGUUUGUGGUUGCUCGCCAGCAGGGCACUCGCUUCAGGAGAGCCACCACUGUGGACAGCUACACGGUCCAGAUGGUGAGUAUCCGUCGAGUGAUGGGUCAGAAGAACCCAGCAGAGAUGACCUACUACGUUCAGCUGAACGGUCGUCCGUUACCGGGCACGUCAGCCGCCAAGGUCCUGAACACGCUGGACUCUCAGACCAUGGCCCUCACACUGGGCUACUUCGUUCAUCUGCAGGCUGAACCCGUGGUGAAGAAUCCUCCAAACAAUCUGUGGAUCAUCGCAGCUGUGCUGGCCCCUAUCGCCGUGGUAACGCUCAUCAUCAUCAUCAUCACCGCCGUGCUCUGCCGGAAGAACAAGAGCGACUUUAAAGCCGACGCCAUGGGCAACCUCAACCCCCGUGUCAAGACGUCAUAUCGGAGGGAUGUUACAGGAUAUUACCACCAGCCUGUCCAGGGAUUUGACUAUGCCAAGCAGCACCUGGGCCGGGUGCAGGGUGGGGAGGGAGAGACCCUCCCCGUGACCCAGGACACCCUGGUGCUGCCCCUGCCCGUCCGGGAAGCCCACCUCUCCCUCUCCCUGGAGAAAGCCCUGCACCAGGAAGGCACCGCCAACAAGAAGACCCUCAACUCGGACAUACGCAAGAGCAGGUUGCCGAGCGAGGACGGUUCCGUCAUCAGCAACGAAUCAGAGAAGCUCAACUCUGGUCGGGGCUCGGCGGCUCAGAAAGUCACAGCACAGCAGAAAUUGACAAAGGAGGAGACACGCAAGAAGAACGAUCCCUACGACACCUCGUUUGGUUCCCUGCAGCUUAUUUCCAUAAAGCCCAUGACUGCUCCGCCCACCUAUUCACGCCCCGCCUCCUCUGACCGCAGCCAAGACUCAGCCAUCCUCAAUGGAAAUGGAGAGGUGAACCUAGCUCUGAAGCAGAAGUCCGACAUAGAGCACUACAGGAACAAGCUGAGGCUGAAGGCUAAGAGGAAAGGCUACUAUGACUUCCCCUCAGCGGACGGCAGCGGGUGUGGUAGCAGGGCGCUGGCACAGAGGCAGAGACACGGACAUGAGAGGGCACCUGGGGAGCAUGGCCCACCACUGGAGCCUGAUGAAGACCAGGCAUCCACCUACGUCAAGUCCAGCAGGAGACACUCUCAGGUGAGGCAGCGGACCUAUCGGAGCAGGCAGAGCCUGAACAGCCCGAGUACCGGAGGAACAGAGAUGGACCUGCUGGUUAUGAGGGAGAGACCCAGGAGAGGCAUCAGGAACAGCGGCUACGACACUGAACCGGAGCUGAUUGAGGAGACCAACGUGGAUCGUCUGAUUGGCCCGCGGGGAGGUUAUGUCUGCCCCAGAGGGGUCAAAGGUCACUCAGAGACCUCCACGUUGAGCUCCCAGCCGUCCAUCGACGAGGUACGCCAGCAGAUGCACCUGCUCUUAGAGGAGGCCUUCAGCCUGGCCUCAGGGGGACACUCCUCCACAGCCGGACGCCACCACCACUCCCAUCAUCCCCACCCCCACCACGGUUACCACCACGGCCACUACAGCCCCGGACCUCCACCUCUGCCCUACUCUGACGUGGUGACCAGUGCCCCGGGAACCAUGAGCCGUGGCCGGGGAGGAGGGCUGCAGUGGGUGCCGGCGUACGGAGCAGAGAUGUAUCAGUGCAGCCUCCCCAGACCGGCCUUUAGGUUCACCCAGCUUCCUGACAUGGUUAUGACCUCUCCUCCACCCCCUAUUCCCCCUCGCACCGGCCCCCCUCCUGGGACCUCUCUAAGACGCUCAUCGCCUGACCUGGGGUCCAAGGCCAGGAUCUCAGAGUCUGGGACCAACAUGACGGACAUGCAGACCCAGCAUAAUGACAGCAGCGCCCCCUAUGUCUCUCUCUCCAGAGCAGCACUCCCCUCAGUCCCCCUCUCCAGAGCAGCACUCCCUUCAGUCCCCCUCUCCAGAGCAGCACUCCCCUCAGUCCCCCUCUCCAGAGCAGCACUCCCUUCAGUCCCCCUCUCCAGAGCAGCACUCCCCUCAGUCCCCCUCUCCAGAGCAGCACUCCCUUCAGUCCCCCUCUCCAGAGCAGCACUCCCCUCAGUCCCCCUCUCCAGAGCAGCACUCCCCUCAGUCCCCCUCUCCAGAGCAGCACUCCCCUCAGUCCCCCUCUCCAGAGCAGCACUCCCCUCAGUCCCCCUCUCCAGAGCAGCACUCCCCUCAGUCCCCCUCUCCAGAGCAGCACUCCCCUCAGUCCCCCUCUCCAGAGCAGCACUCCCCUCAGUCACAGCAGAACAGCCGGUGUCCACCUACUCAGGAAACCCCAUCACAGCGGUGUACGCCAUCCCAGCCUCGCGGUCGGGUUACUCUGAGUACUUUGCCUCCACGCCCCCGUCCUCCUACCACAGCCCAUCCUGGAUGUCCUACCCCCCCGAGCCUGAGGACGUGCCCCCCCAGUGGGCUGACUCUGUGGCUCUCCCAGGGUACGUGGAGGCCUUCCCUCAUCCCCGCUACCCUCAAGGCAGCUCCCCCAGACUCCCCCUACACUACGGCCAGGCCAUGGAGCCACCCCCAACCCCGACCACCGCCGCGUCCCAGCAGAGCCUGCCCGAUGCGGGGGAGCCCAGAGACAGAGUCACACUCAGCAGUCUCUCCACAUCCGCCCUGGUCCAGGCCAUCCGCCAGGAGGUGGCAAAGCUGGCCAAGAAGCAGACAGACAUGUUUGAGUUCCAGGUAUAAUCCCUCCCUCUAGUGGCCGGGAGGUGCAAUUGCAGCACUCUCUUUUCUGAACAUGCUGUAAUACUAGAGACUAAACAAACUCUCAAACUCAACUUUUUUGACAUUUGUAUAUUAAGACUGAUAAAAGCCUCUUUCUUUCUAUUUCUCUCUCUCUCCCCCACCUCUCUCAUUGUGGGAAAAUCCCACGUUGCUCUGAUGUGUUUCAUCACCAUGCUGUUAUUUUGGAGUUACUGAAGAGUGAAAGUGUUCUAUCUCAAACUGUCAGACAUCUCUUCUUAACGAUGUCUCUAUAGUUACAUUACAUCACCUGUUCCUUUACAUUGUACAUAUGUCAUCCCCACAUCUAAAGAUCUGUAAUAAUGAAGGAUGAGUGUUUCUCAAGCCAGGACAGUGACCUUAGCAACCCACAGAGGAGUAUGUCACGACAUCAAUAGAACAAUUGAUGAGGCAGAGAGAGUCGUCACAUGUUCACGCACAAAGGUCCAACCACUUCAGAAGAUCAGAAUGAAGUGAUAACGAGCCAAGGGUUUUUGGAGGAUAUAUUGGCACGGUUGUUGUUAGGCCUGAGACGAAGUCGAGGGCAGGCAGACCGUGGCACUAUAUCCUCCAAACACCGGCUUCCAGGGCAUCACUUUUAUACAAUGUGUUACCAACAUAUUCAAAUAAUGAUUGACAUAUUUUCAUUAAAAAAAUGUAUUUUGAUUAAUUUAUUCAUACUAUUACAUCCUUCCACAAGAUAUAGUCCGACACAAAUCUAGCCGGCUUGUCGUUCGUUCUAUCGGUUCGGUUGCUACAGUAGAGACGCGACACACAGUCGUUCAGUCUUUUUGUUCUGUAUUUAUGGAUGCGACCCAGUCAUUUGUUCUAAAUGUUCCGUUUCCAUACUGGCUGGCAACGUUCUUCUCCCUUUCUUUGUAGUUAGCCAACUAAGGCUAACGUACAGCUAGAAUAACAACAAUUUAGUUGCAUUUGCAUUUGUUUUAGCUGUUUUCUAGAGAUAUUUAUUUGGAUAAAUUAAAUCCAUAACAAUGAGCUAAUGAGGCUCGAUUUUUCCUGGCAGACAAAAUGUGCUCACUUGUCAGGACAGUGUUGUUCAGAGAGGCUAACCAACAACACAGCUAACAACACAAUCACUUCAAACUGAAGCUGGAAAGACUGCAAACUAGCUGCACUUCCUUUCAUUUGACCUUUUUUCAAUUUCUUUGUAUAUAUCCAUAAAAAUAAUACCAGAUGAUUCAUCAUUUUGACUUGUUGAGAAACGCUGCCUGUCUGUCUUGUCCCGACUCCCGACAUGUUCAUUACUAUGGGACAGCUGGAGAUUGAAUUUGAAUAUUGAAACAAUGUUGCAAAUGUCGGAGAGUUAGACAACAAGUUUAUACAAAUCUCAGCUGUGAAAACUAAAUGUUAGUCUAAAAGAAAUGUGAGAUAAUGUCUAGAUGCUUUUUAUAGUGGAGAUUGAGUUUAUAAAUUGCUUGGCUGGGAUGAUGAGACAGUGGAUUGCGCAGUCAUAUGGAACAGAGUAAAUAGGCAUUUUAACAUCAUAGAUUUAGCCGGUGGUAACUUGUGGAAUAGACACCGGCUGGAAUGCGGUUUUAACCAAUCAGCAUUCAGGAUUAGACCCACCCGUUGUAUAAUGUGUAUAUAUAAGCAUGUAGAAGGAUGCCAUGUAUCUUAGCUCUUUUUAUAGAACAAGUCCAUUUCAACUAAAAGACAGACUUAUGUUUUGUUGUUGUCUCCAAUGGCCCUGAGUUCCAUCCAUUUACCUUGUUAUGUUCUUCAAUGAUAAUUGAGAACUGAGUCAGAUUCCCCUUUCCUGUGCUCAGCCAUGUCUUCUAAGUAUCAUUUCAAGCAGUUUGAAAACAACAUGAGUGGUCUGUUUUGUAACAGCGGACCACACAUAAGGUACAAUUGAAGUCAGUAGAUUUAAUGAAGGGUGUUGUUUUUCUCCAAAGAAAAGGAGGUACUGGUGUUGUAUAUGAAUAGUGAGUUUAGAUCUGACACCAUGUUUGGAAGAAACACACUUUUCAGAACAUAUGUGCCUCAUAAACUGUGAUUAUUGUGUCGACAAACACUUGAAUCGUAAGGAUGCCAACAACAAUUUCACUUGUUUCUUGACGAUGCCUCCAAACUGCCUUUCACAACGUGAACAUGAUCAUAAAUCCAGUACUGUAGCCCUUUUCUUGGACACGGUAAAGUUGGACUGGGUUUAACACAACUGUAAAUGUAAAGUGUUUCUUAACAGAAAGGAGAGAGGACACUUUAAACGCUGACACAGUGUUCAGUUACAUUUCUCUUUUCUUUAGAAAUCAUAAAGAAAUCAUAAAGAAAUCAUAAAUUGGCCACAGAAUCCACUCAGCAAAUGUUACAGAAAGUAUGUAUUGCACUGUAAUGAUUCUACAUAACAGAGUGUCAUAUCUGUGUUCUACACAAUACAUUUCUACAUUCUGUAAGGUUUUGUAUUCUAGUAAUGAUCAGAUGAGAUAAAAACCAGACUGACUCUGACAUUUUAGGACUGUAGAUGUGCAUCUCUGGUUUAAUGCACAAAAUCCCCAGGAGUGAUUGGCACAAGGUCCUCUAGUAGGUAUAAUGAUACGAUACUGUUACAUAUGGACAGUGGGGGACUGGUACACUGUUAACUACAUAUAUAUAUAUAUUGGUUUGACCUUUGAAGACCAAGGUCCUCUGUCAGUAGUACAUUCUUUGCAUAAUAUUGUGAAUGUUUAUCCCAAUGAGUUUGAUCUCCUCCUUGAUGAUUGUACUGUAAAUGUUUAUUUUUAACGAGAACCAGCUCAAAUACACUUUAUCCUAUAGGUAUAUGUCUGUUCUGUUAACUGUUGCUGGACAGGAAGGUGAGAAGGUUAGGGCAGCUCCCAGUCCUGGAGUUUGUUCCUCUACAUGGAGUCUGGCUUUCAUUCUCUCAUUCCCAGUGAGUGAACACACCUUGUCUGAAGGUUGGUCCUAUUCUGUAUAGUAUUCAUACAGUGUCUCUUGGUAUUCUAAUGGGUGGACAUGGCAUGCAUGAGUCUACACAUGGAACCCAAGACUGAGAUGAGCCUGGUUUGAGUAUCUUUGAUAAGAGGAACAAGUGACAGGGGGAAGAGUGUAAUUGUGUUGGUCACAGUAUACCAAAGGAUGGGUGGAAGAGCAUAUCACCUCACACAUCAUAGGUGGUAUUGCAACACAACAAUAAACUGUUGAAAUGAAGAGCUGUCCCAAAAAUGUAACAUAUUUUCUCCUGUUUAUCAUGACGACACAUUAUUGCAUUAUUUCAGAUGCAGGUUAUAGUUUUUCACCCUGAUUUCCUUUUUUUACUGACCCCCUGUACAGUAGACUAUCUGUUUUCAGAUGCACCCUGGGAGAUUAGGUUUUCCAUCCUGUCCAGUGUUUCUGAGUGUAAAUAGGAGAGGAACAUUCUCUCUUGCUGUAACUCCUAACCAGAACUGUUGCUUUUCUGUUUCCAGCAUCUCUUUUGCUGAUGGACUGACAACACUCAUGGUUGUGAAUGGAUGGUUAUGUUACCAUGUAGCUACUGUAUUGUACAAUGAAAUCCUUUCUGUCUGUUCUGUAGAUGCUGACCAGUUUUGUGUUGAAAUGAACACUUUUCACAUUUGAAUGCUGAUACAUCAGUCUGAAGAGAGAAACAGGAUGCCAGAUUAUGCGAUAUGAAUCUUUGCAGAUUAACUCAAUAAAAGGGAUGACAGAUUGGCUGUUUGAUGGGGAA